AUGGCGACCAACGGUGACUUCUCCGACGAGUCGCAGCCCGGAUCCCCAGUCCUCGACGCCAACAAUGCCCAGGACUUCGACGACCAGGAGCCCCUCGACCAGGGCGAGAAGCCCCUCAAGUCGGCAAUGAAGCAUACUGAGGCCCCUGUCGCCCCGAAGCGCCCUGAGCUCCCCGAGCAGCCUAACCCUGAGACUCUGGAUCUUUCGAAACUCACGCCCUUGUCGCCCGAGAUUAUUGCUCGCCAAGCUACCCAGAACAUCGGCACAAUCGGUCACGUCGCUCACGGAAAGUCCACACUUGUCAAGGCCAUUUCGGAGGUUCAGACCGUGCGCUUCAAGAACGAGCUCGAGCGCAACAUUACUAUCAAGCUCGGUUACGCCAACGCGAAGAUCUACAAGUGCGACAACCCCGCCUGCCCUCGCCCGACAUGCUUCAAGAGUUACAGCAGUUCGAAGGAGGUUGACCCUCCGUGUGAGCGCGAGGGGUGCGAGGGCCGCUAUAGACUUCUUCGCCACGUCUCUUUCGUCGACUGCCCCGGUCACGAUAUUCUUAUGAGUACCAUGCUUUCAGGCGCUGCUGUCAUGGACGCUGCGUUGUUGCUAAUCGCAGGAAACGAAACCUGCCCUCAGCCUCAGACCUCCGAGCAUUUGGCUGCCAUUGAGAUCAUGAAGCUCCAGCACAUCAUUAUCUGCCAGAAUAAGGUCGACCUUAUGCGCGAGGACGCCGCCCUGCAGCACUACCAGUCCAUUCUCAAAUUCAUCCGAGGCACAGUCGCCGAUAACUCACCAGUUAUCCCCAUCUCCGCCCAACUCAAGUACAACAUCGAUGCCGUCAACGAGCACCUCGUUUCCCACAUCCCUAUCCCCAUCCGUGACUUCUCCGCCUCGCCGCACAUGAUGAUCAUUCGUUCCUUCGAUGUCAACAAGCCCGGUGCUGAGAUUGAUGAGCUGAAGGGUGGUGUUGCUGGUGGUUCCAUUCUCACCGGUGUCGUCAAGGUCAACGAUGAGAUCGAGAUCCGCCCCGGUCUGGUCACCAAGGAUGAGAACGGCAAGAUCCAGUGCCGUCCCAUUUUCUCCCGUGUCGAGUCCCUCUUCGCCGAGAGCAACCCGCUCAAGUUUGCCGUUCCUGGUGGUCUUAUCGGUGUUGGUACCCGUAUUGACCCGACUUUGUGCCGUGCUGAUCGUCUCGUCGGUUUCGUUCUGGGCCACCGCGGCCAGCUUCCCGCCAUCUACACCGAGAUCGAGGUCAACUACUUCUUGCUUCGCCGCCUUCUGGGCGUCAAGACUGCCGACGGCAAGCAGGCUAAGGUUUCCAAGCUGGCUAAGAAUGAGGUUCUGAUGGUCAACAUUGGUUCCACCGCCACCGGUGCCAAGGUCCUGGGUGUCAAGGCCGAUGCCGCCAAGCUGUCUUUGACCUCUCCCGCCUGCACAGAAGUUGGCGAGAAGAUUGCCAUCAGUCGGAGAAUUGAGAAGCACUGGCGUCUGAUUGGUUGGGCCAACAUCGUUGCCGGUAACACUCUGGAGCCUACUCAGCACUAA